CUGUGGCGGUGUCUAUGACUAUAUAUUACCCUUUCAUAUUAUCAUCCCUGUCGAUUUCCCUCCCUUCCUUCCUCUCUCUCCUUGCUGUUUCCCAAGUCAAGAAUUUUCGUUUGCCUUUGUGAAAAACUCAAAUUUCAAGGAUUUUAAGAACUGAUUCCGAAAGUACUUAUUUUCUUCUAGGAUCCUCAUUCCAAUCGUUUGAGAAGCAAAUUUUGAAUCUGGAACGUAAAUUUACAAAAGAAAAAGUUUGUAUCUGUGAUUUGAUUGAAUUCUGAAGUAAUUAUCUGCAUUUUCGAGUUGUAAGUGACUUUGAUUUGUUUAAAUUUGGACCAUUUUGGCGGCUAGAAUUACUUCGCGGUGAGAAAAUUCAGUUUUCGUUUGCAUUUCAGCUUCAGAUUUGGAUCUUGUUUAAGUUAUCAGUUCGUCAGAUCUCAAUUUUCAAGCAUUUGUCCAAUUUUCUCUGAGUUGAUUGGCUGUGAGAUUUGACCUCAGGUUUAUAUGUGAAGUCAAGAGAUUAAAAUUCUGCAUACGAAGUGACUUUCAAGUUUCAAUAUUAACUGGUGAAUUUGAGCUUCUGAAGAAAAAUGGUGUUUGUUUUCGGAACUUUAUUAGAAAAGAUGAGCAAUCUAUCGACAUCUGAUCAUUCAUCAGUUGUCUCCAUUAACUUAUUUGUGGCACUCCUGUGCGCGUGUAUUGUGAUCGGUCAUCUGUUGGAGGAGAAUCGUUGGAUGAAUGAAUCCAUUACCGCGCUUGUAAUUGGUAUAUGCACGGGAGUUGUGAUUCUAUUAAUCACUGGAGGAAAAAACUCUCAUCUUUUGGUGUUUAGUGAGGAUCUUUUCUUCAUUUAUCUGCUUCCGCCAAUCAUUUUUAAUGCUGGGUUCCAGGUUAAAAAGAAACAAUUCUUUCGCAAUUUUAUGACCAUAACACUGUUCGGAGCAAUUGGAACUCUGAUAUCCUUCAUCAUCAUAUCAUUGGGGGCCAUUACCUUUUUCCAGAAAAUGAAUCUUGGUCUUGCAAUAGGAGAUUAUCUUGCAAUUGGAGCAAUAUUCGCUGCAACAGAUUCUGUUUGCACCUUGCAGGUGCUUAAUCAGGAUGAGACUCCCUUACUAUACAGUCUAGUGUUUGGCGAAGGUGUUGUAAAUGAUGCGACGUCUGUGGUGCUUUUCAACGCAGUCCAGAACUUUGACCUUUCACAUAUCAGUACCAGUGUAGCUCUGCAGCUAGUUGGGAAUUUUUUAUAUCUAUUUAUUACAAGCACUGCGUUGGGAGUUGUUGCUGGACUGCUUAGUGCAUAUGUCAUAAAGAAGCUGUAUUUUGGAAGGCAUUCCACUGAUCGUGAGGUUGCUAUUAUGAUGCUGAUGGCUUACCUUUCAUACAUGCUCGCCGAAUUAUGUGAUUUAAGCGCUAUUCUUACCGUGUUCUUCUGUGGGAUUGUGAUGUCGCACUAUACCUGGCAUAAUGUUACUGAGAGUUCAAGAGUCACCACCAAGCACACCUUUGCAACAUUGUCAUUUGUUGCCGAGAUAUUCAUAUUUCUUUAUGUUGGUAUGGAUGCCCUUGACAUUGAGAAAUGGAGAUUUAUAAGUGACAGCCCCAAAACGUCGGUAUCCGUGACCUCUAUUCUCCUGGGAUUGAUUUUGGUUGGAAGAGCAGCCUUUGUUUUUCCUUUAUCAUUCUUGUCCAACUUGACCAAGAAUUCAUAUGAAAAAAUUGGCUUUAAGCAGCAAGUCACAGUGUGGUGGGCUGGUCUUAUGAGAGGCGCUGUUUCCAUGGCCCUUGCUUAUAACCAGUUUACUAGAUCAGGACAUACUCAGCGACAUGGGAACGCCAUCAUGAUUACUAGUACAAUAUCAGUUGUUCUUUUCAGUACAGUGGUGUUUGGCUUGAUUACUAAACCUUUGGUGAGGCUCUUGCUUCCCUCAGCUAAGCAAUUCGACAGAAUGAUCUCUUCAGAGCCAGUUACUCCAAAAUCCUUCAUUGUACCACUUCUUGGCAAUGAACACGAUCCUGAAGUUGAUCUGGACGAACAAAAUGUUGUGAACGUUCAGGAUUCAGAAGCUAAUCAAGGUGAUAGAAAUGUGAUCCGUCCAAGCAGUUUUCGGAUGCUCUUGAGGAAACCUACCCACACUGUCCACUACUAUUGGAGAAAAUUUGAUGAUGGCUUCAUGCGUCCUGUUUUUGGUGGACGGGGUUUUGUACCAUAUGUUCCAGGCUCUCCAAUCGAACAAAGUGUGCAUCAAUGGCAAGGAGAGGCCAAACACUAAGCAUAUAAUCGCUGGUGGCUCAUUCAAUCGGGUUUUGGCUUUCAUUUGUUAAUAUUAUCGAGUGUUUUUUCUGUGUGGAUGAUGGCGGUGUCUAAAUUAGCAUAGUUUGCACAAAUUUAUUCAUUGCAGUGGUAUUGGUACGUUUUUGUUUCCCUUCUGGGUAGUUGUUGACCCAAUAGUUUGUUUUUUGGGAAAUGCGAGCUUUUCCCUCCCCGACGAGGUUUUGGAACACCAAAUCGGUGUAUAUUUUUGUAAGCAUAAAUCAUUGUGUAUGACUUUCCAUAAAUUGUUGUCACCUUCACAUUUUUGAGCUAAAAUCAUAAUACAAAUACACUUUUCUGCGUC